CUUUCAAACAUUAGUAUUCUGCUCACGAUAACGUCCAAUUCAACGAUUUUUUAAACAAAAAUAUACUUGUACAGGUUUGUUCAAAGGAAAGUUUGUGUGUUACAGUCUGUGAGCUAUAGAACUUUACUGCUGAAAAAUACUUCAGUUAGUCAUUUGGAGGUUUUCACUUCGCUUUCUUGACUUAUGCAAUGAAUUACCUUCAACUCUCGCUUUCGUGAGAUGUUGGUAGUGUUAUCAAAUAACACGCAUGAACAGUUUCCAUACGAAAGACCGAAAAAUGGCUCUCGUUUUUUCUCCAUUGGAUGAAGUGACAGGUGCAAGUUCACCGACAAAAAUAAAGAAAACAUUUGCUGUAUAAAAUCAGCAGUUACCGGUGCUUCGAGUUAUCAUUUGAUCGUGACCGUUCGCCAGAACCGUACACCUUGGUGGGUUCACAACGAAGAUGCAUUUCACAGUUAUCGUUUUACUGGGGGUAGCCUCCAUCCUAUCGGCGGAAGAUUCUAGUCGAAAAGAGGAAAACAUCAUUAAAGAAAAUACAGUGCAAAACCAUGAUUAUAUUAAUCAUGAUUCCCAAGCCACAGCACAAUACGAACAGGUUACACAGUAUCACCCCAAUCAACUUCAUACUGUUCAAUCGAAACUAAUAUCGGCUACCGACAAAACCAACGAGUAUCAGAGCAGCGCUCAGCAUCAACAACACCAGGAAUGGGAACCACAAAAGACGUAUAAUCAUCAGCAGAGUCCUGGGAACGUAUUUUACAUUCAACAACAGAUUCCUCACGAACAUGACGGGCAGUAUCGAAACGAUUACAAUCAGCACUAUCGGAAUUCACAGAACCAACACAGCUGGGAACCGAUGAGGCAGACCAAUACCGGAAAUCUGCUCUACCCAGUGAACAUUCCAUAUCCCAUUCACAUAGUAAAAAUGGUGCCUGUGAUGGUUGACAACGGAAUUCAAACUCCUUACCAGUUUGUUGGUCAUACCUAUACAACAAAAGCGGCAUCGGAUGAUGUUGACUACAGAAAUGUACGAUUGAUCCAUAUAGCUAAACCUGAAACGACUGCUGCUCAAAAUCCUUACGCUGUUUAUACCAUGCACUAUCCCGUCUAUUUGAGUCCUGUACGAAAGGUGACGUCUUCUACGAAACAAAACCCACAUUCGACUCAGUGAAGCACCACCGUCUUUUCGAUGGAUCGAUUUUGUGUAUGUUUUGGAGUGAACUUUGAUUUUGUGAUUUUCUUAAAUGAAGAAUAAACUAAAGUAAAAAAAUAUAUAUAAUUCUGCUUUUAAGGCCAUCGUCCAAGUACCAUGCGCGCGGGUAGUUUAAGGAAAUUUUCGAUGGAAAUUUCGGAAAAUUUGAGAAAACCAAAAACAUCUACAACCUUUG